AUGAUCGCCGACGCUGUACAGAUGGCGGAGCUGGAGGCUGGGGUGCAGGACGCGUCCCUCGAGGACGGCGUGGAGGGCUCUCAACAGCUCAGCAAGUCGCAGAAGAAGCGCGCCAAGCAGAAGGCCAAGAAGGCCGAAGCGACAGCGGACGGCGCCGAGCCGGAGGCAGCAGCGGCGGGCGGCAAGGCGCAGGCAGCGGAGCCAAGCGGGGCGGACGCGGCGGAGGACGACGAUGACGAGGGGGACGAGGCCGGGGAUGUAGAGGGCGCUGGCGGCGAGGGCAAGAAGAAGAAAAAGAAGAAAAAGAAGAGCAAAAAGCCGGCAGGCGCGGAAGGCGGCGACGGUGGCGACGGCAGUGGCGCGUCUGCGACCAAUGGCGGCGGCGGCGCGGCGGCGGGCAGCGGGAAGGGCGGCGCGGGCGCGGCGCCGACAAAGCAGACGGAGCCGCCGAGCGUGCCUGUGCGGCUGCUGUUCCCUUCUGGCAAGUUCCCGGAGGGAGAGUGGCAGGCCACCAGGCGGCUGGCGCCCCGUGACGCGGCCGGCAUGAUGGGCGCCGCCCCGGCCGGCGCCUGCGUUGUUGCAACCGGGCCCUAUCCAGCACGUGGAGCGCCGCAGUGCCUCUCGUACAAGGACGACAAUCUGUGGCGCGAAACGAGCGCAGAGAAGCGUGAGCUGGACCGGCUGCAGUGGGACAUGGUGAACGAGGUCAGGCAAGCUGCAGAGGUGAGGGGGUGA